AAACCUGACUGAAACUAUGUACAUGUUGUAAAGCACACCAACAAUAACAUUUAGAUUGUGACGUCACAGUUUGGCUAUCGUCCAAUUACAUUAGAAUCAGACGAACAGUCUCUAAAGAUACGUUGCAAUGCGAGCAGAAUUCCUGUUUCACACUAGUUAUGCCACACUAGUGGUGCUCGCGUUUUCCGUUCUACUAGCAGACAAAGCGACACCCACAAGUGCCACCAAACUCUGUACAUACUGCAGCAACCCUGACCCUGACGAGUGUUUCGUCAAUAGGAGUUAUAUCGGGUCCAAUAUUACGGCCAUCCAGUGCUCAACCGGUGAUGACGCUUGUUUCACUGCAACGACCCUGCGAUCUGAUACGUCUCAAGAUGUGCAAAUUGGUCGAGGCUGUGGCAACAAGCUCACAAAUGUGUCUUCUUGCCUCAGUGUACACGUACCUCUAGGCGACGGCGUCACGGUUUCAUCGUGCACAUGCCUUUGUGCCAAUUCAACAUGUCCAGCCGUCAGGAAUUUCAAUGAAAUUGUAAAACACGGUUGUCUUUCUCCUAUUGAAUUUCCGCAAGGAUCUGGUACAGCCUUCUCAUGGAACAUUUACAGCACGUAUUGGGCUUGCUUUGCUCUGCUAUUCGCCCAGUGCAUGUUGCAUUGAAUGACCACACAUGCACCAGUCUAGCCGGUAGAUGAUGAAUCUUUAGUCUUGGAAUGAAGAUCUCACUAUACAUGUUCAAAUAUAAUUAUAUUCACAA